CAAUCAUAAAUAAAACUAUUUUAUUUUUUAUGAAACUUUAUAUUAAAUAAACCCAACAACUUUGUAAAAUAACAAAUUGAUGCCCAACAACUAAUUUUAUGUGUAAAUUUCAAGUUGUCAUAACAUAAUUUAGCAAUGAACUCAAAUCUAAGUGGAAUAUUUUCGAAUGAUGUAUGUAAACAUAUCUAACAACUAAAAAAUGUUGGAAGGCUUAGUUGCAUGGGUUUUAAAUAACUAUUUGGGAAAGUAUGUGGAAAAUUUAAAUACCGACCAGCUAAGUAUAGCAUUAUUAUCAGGUGAGGUGGAAUUGGAAAACUUACCUUUGCGGAAAGAUGCCCUGAGACACCUAGGUUUACCGCUUAUUAUAAAAUCUGGUUUUAUUGGUAAAAUCAAGUUACAAAUACCCGUACGUCAAAUACGAUCGGCACCAUGGGUUAUAAUUAUCGAACAAAUGUACGUUGUUGCGAGUCCGUUACCCGUACACGAAUGGGAUCCACUUGUGGAAGAGAAUGCAGCGUUGGAAUUAAAAUUGAGUGCGCUAGACGCAAUAGAAGCAAAGUGGAGGUUUCAGAUGGAAGCAAAAGAUAGUUCUACUUAUUAUGCUUCCACUUACUCGUCAUGGUUAAGCUUUGGUACUGGUCUAAUUACCGACAUCAUGGAAAAUUUGCAAUUAAAAAUUCGAGACGUCCACAUACGGUACGAGGACGACUUUAGCCUUCCGAAUGAAGUUGUUAGUGUCGGCAUAACCAUGGACUAUUUUUACGUACAAAGCUGUGAUGCAAACUGGGUUCCCGGAUUUUUGCACUGGAACAGUUCAGAAGAAUCUUACAAGAUAUUGGAAAUGCACAAACUGGCUAUAUAUUGGAUGAAUGUCAAAAAAUCAGAAAUGUUCUCAAAGAUGCCCAUGUCUGAAAUUAUGGUAACGAUGGCGUCCAAUCGACAUAGUAAUUUCACGAAUUAUUUUAUCUUACCACCGGUGAGCGCUGAAGCUCACCUGAAAAAGAAUCGAAGCGAACGUCCCCUUCGCUCGUCCGACACGCCACGUAUUGUCUGUAGUUUAAAUCUGCACGAGGUCUCACUCACUCUAAGAGACAAACAAUACGAACAGUUAAUUAAGUGUUCGAAAGGGCUUCAUGAUGUCACUCGGUUAAGAAGUUAUAGACAUUAUCGACCACUUUGCCCAGUAAAAGAUGAUGCUAAGGCUUGGUGGAUUUACGCAAUAAAUUGCCUAUAUCCCGGUCAGCAGCCUUCGAUUUGUAAGCCCAAAGCAACUUGGGCAUCCUGUUUGGAAUUUGCUAAGCAGAAUGUUCAAUAUGUAGCAUUGUACGUGAAAGUACUUGUUACACCGGCCAUAACUUUAUCGCCGGAAAACAAAAAGUUAAAGGACGAUGUGGAAUGGAGUAGAGAUUAUGAGCAGUUGAAAGUAUUACGAGAGAUCGCAAUGAGGUCCGUUCCUAAACAAAAUGGCGCCAAUAAUGCCACUGGAGCUGGACGUAGUAUUUUAUUUAAUUGGUUUCCGCAAUGGAUGGGUUGGUACUCCAAUACGACUCCAGAAGAAAGUGCCAGUGUGCAUACUGAUGCAACGCAAUUGGAAGGUGAAAUUUUGGAAGCGUUGAAAGAUAGUGCCGAAAAUAAUACUUUAUUGAAACGCGACGCCAUUUUUGGGCAGUUUAACUUUUCGUUAAAAAGCGGUACACUAUCGCUGUGCACGUCCAGGUAUUUGAACGCGAAUGUCGAAAUAGUAAUCAUUACAUUAUUUUGUAGUGUACCAAUGUUGGAAUUGCAGUAUAAAAAUCUAUCACUUCACAUACUUAGUCGGCCCCGUACAUCGUCGUAUUUGGUCGAAUUAUCUUUAGGAAGCUUAAGCUUGCAUGACAAACUGACCCCUAAUACCCUUUUUCCGAUCAUUGUUGGACCACCGGGUCACGAUCGGAUGUUACAUUUAACUAAAGCGAGAAUACCGAAAGCGUCAUCGACUAAAAAUUUAGAAGACUUAUCUGAUACCUUGUUCUAUUUAGCUUACGAAAGCAAACCGCAAAACUCCAAUUCAGAUUACAGGUUACAUGUAAAGUCGAAAUCAUUGGAUGUUGUCUAUCAGCCGGGCGCCAUUAAAUGGAUAACCGAAUUUCUUUUCUUCCCUCACCAACAGAGCGUCGCGCAGAUGCGUAUCGAGGCUGUAAAAUUGAGAACGAAAAAGGAGUUGAUUAAAAAUUGGGAGCAAAUUUUAGACGGUCAUAUGGGUGGUAGAACCAAUUGGGAAUUGCAGUUGGAUAUAUCAGCGCCUCAAAUUAUAUUUGUCGAAAGUUUUACAGAUUCAAGCUCGGCAAUGGCCGUAAUUGAUUUUGGAAGAUUUCAAUUGCAUAAUGUGCCCCAUAAACCACAUGUACCAGUUGAUACCCAAUUUUCCAAUAAACAGAGUGAGGAGGAUGACACAUUUAUGACGCCAUGUUCGACACCGCCAGGGAGCGAGGCGAGUAUUUCAGAUGCUACAUCAGUAACUCUCCCGCCGGAUAUUGUCGAAAGACAAGACACGCUUGAUGAGCAAAGUUUGCAUCGGAAGCUCUACGAUUGCUAUUGCGUCGAGUUUACAGACUUGCAGGUAUUAGUGGGCAGAGUCAAGGACAAUUGGCGAUACGCACAUAAUCGAGGUUCAUCGACGCUUCACGUGCUGGAUCGAUUUAACAUAUCCUUACAAAUCGAGCAUAGAAUUGUACACACUUGCGAUCCCUUGUAUCCCAGCUUGACAGUCUGCGCCAACCUACCGAAGCUGAUUGCGCAUCUCAACGAGCAGAAAAUCGGCGCGACUCGAGGCCUCAUCGAGGUUCUUAGACUGACAGGAUUACCUUCUCCAUUUAAUACCCCAGAUAAUGAUCACGUUGACAUCCAAACUGUCUUUAUGCCCGACGAUGAUGAAUCAACCAGCUUUGAUACGAGUGCAGAAAUGUCCCGACUAUUAAUAUUUCAAUUCACAAUAGAUCAGUUGUCUCUAGAAGUCCAAAGUCGUGGGCGAAGUAUUGCCGAGUUACAAGUUUCUGGUGUCAAAACUGCUUUUAGUAAACGCGUGGGAGACGACAGCAUCACGCUAUCAGUGCACAGUUUACUAUUAGUUGAUGCUUUGCAGACGUUUGGGCCAGAUUUUGAAUUACUUAUUGCUAGUCACAAACAUGUUGGAAUGGACUCCAUGUCGGGAAGUCUACGAGAUAGCGAACCGACAUCACCGACGUCUCCUGGCAGUCCCGACCUAAAUGUAACUCCCACAUUAGCAACAUCACCGAUCGCUCUUACGCAAGCCCUAACCGUUCUCUCCUCCUCACCUACAUCUACAAUUCAACCGAGGCAGCAGCCAGUCUUAGACGCAGAGGCUCUAAUCACGAUUGAAAUAAUUUUAGUGAACGGUUUGGAACCGAUGCAUAUUGCCAACAUUCAGUUCAACAACUUGGAUAUUAUCGCCAAUCAAGAAACACUAGUGGAACUAAUCGGUUUUACGCGUCGUGUUUUCCCCGAAUUGAAACCGCAAAAGCCGGCGGCCUUAAUUUCGACUCCAAUCGCGGAACCUCGCGCGAUCGACGGUGCCGAGGACGCCAUUCCCAUACCGAAAAUUUGCCGCACUGAACUCACGUUCGAUUUUCAUCGCCUGAACGUUUUGCUAUUGCGAGGUGUGGUAAAGGACGGUGCGGUAUAUGGAAAGAAGAUCGCAACGGCGACAAUGAGCGGAGCCAAAAUUCGCGCGACUGUUGAUGACAGUGUGGUAGUCGAAGGUUCAUUGGGUGGCUUACAAGUGUUAGAUCUUACACCCGAAGGACAUCUGCAUCAGCGAAUUAUAAGUGUUGGACAUGACCCUCUUGUAGAAGCUCCGCACACAUUGUAUAUAACACCACCAACGCUACACAAUGAAGAGAGGCGAGCUUUUAGCUUCAAAGUUGAUAGAAAGUUACAAUGUUCCGACAAGGAUAAUGAUUUGGCACUUGUAACUAUAAGAAUGGCAUCUGUGUGGUACACACAUUCACCUCACUUUUUGAUGGAGCUGCAGUCUUGCGUAACCGAAUUUAAACAAUACCUAGCCAAUUUAGCACGCUCCAUACGUUCUGCAGCAACCGAUAUGGCUUUGGGAUUAGUCCAUGCAAAAGCUGAAGCGUUAGCUCAGUCUUUAUAUUUGAACUCGCGGCUCUCUGCGUCGCUAUACGGUAGCGCGAUGUCACUGUCUGAUAUAAUGACACCUCGUAAAAGAAGCAGGUACAAUAGUGGCGGAUUUAUGGAGUACGGUGAUGGAUACUCGGGUUCCUCAUCUGUUCGUGACACCAUUCCGCAAACACCCUACAGCCCAGCAGAUGAGGAUAAUUUCAUGAUCGAUAUGAGGUUAGAUGUGGUGCUGGACAGUCCAGUUGUUAUCGUUCCACGAACGCAUAGCAGCGCUCAAGUGUUUGUAGCCCAUCUUGGAAAGACGUCCAUUACGAAUUGCAAUAAUAAACAGACAAAAGAAAGUUGGGAUCAUGUUGAAUCGAAAAUGGAACACUACAGCGUGGAAAUUCGCGACAUGAAUUUAUACUCGUUGGAUACCAGUAGCAGACGUGUUCCAGGCCCUAUGAUGAAUAAGUCAGAUGUAUUGUACAGUUGCGAUACACUAGCUAAACCUAUAUUACAUGAUACGAUAGUGCAUUUACGAAUAGAACGUGAGAUAUUCUGUCAUUCUCAAACUCGACACCAAAGCUUCUCAAAUUUAAUCGACGAUGGUUAUUCAAAUCAAAAUGUUGAUGGUUUUGAGCCAACUGUGGGAGAAAAUGUGGAGAUAACUGGGAGUGUUAUAUCACCCUUAAAAGUGUCUCUGACGCGUUCCCAGUACGAACAGCUAUUGGACACAUUUCAAUGGCUAAUGAAUUCUGCCAAGGCCUCAAAUAUCAAGGACAAUAAGGUCAAUCUCAACCCAAUUUCCACUCUCGACGAUAUUAGCGAGGAAGGAACCGGUGUAACCACCUUAAGCAUGGAUCCUCAUGUUCGUGCUAAACUGUUUCCUGUAGUUGCUGCAUCGCGAUCUAAAAUCGUUAGUAAUAAAAUAAUCGCUCUUAAAGUGCUAUUUGAAUUACCCAUUUUUACUAUUCAACUUCGCGGCGAUUCGCCCUUGGGAGAACAAGGUUUUGUGGAUUUGUCGUUUCAAGAUUUUAUUUUCAACUAUGAAAAGUGUCAUCAGUACGAAACUAACAUUCAGGUGUCUUUACGAUCUGUUAUUAUGGAAGAUUUGUUACAACCAGAAGGUUCGCGACAGAGGGCGAUGGUUGUGUCAUCUUCUGGUGGCGAAGCGCCAGCAAAUUCAAACUGCGUUUCGAGAUCGUGUCCCGAUAUUUAUAAACCAUUUCCACAGAACAGUUACUCGCACGGCUCGCUGCCGGAUCAUCUAGAAACCGUCAAAGUUCUCGGUGUGGCUAACGACAAAUACAUAUCGUCAACGCCUCCGCCAUCUCCCGACGUUAAACAGCGCCCUCAGAAAAAUUUGGUUUUAAUUUCGUCGCUAUUGGUCGAUCCGUGCGCACCCAAUUUUCAUUCCUACUAUAACUCUAUUGAGCGCUCUACAUCAAUUGACUUUAACUGCUUGGAUUUGGUUAUCAGCGUGGAAUCCUGGGUUGUGGUAAUAGAUUUUUUUAAUGCUAUAUCGUCAGAGAAGUUGCACACGUCACCGGGUUCUUUUGAAGAUUCUCCUGAAAUCUCCAAAGGAACUGUCGGAGGAAGCACGGAGACCAAUAUUACAGUUCGAUCUCUUACAAUGGCGCUAGUAACAUCCGACCAUGAUAUAGCGAAAGCUAACGUAUCAAAUGUAGAUGUUUCUAUUAAAUCGAACAACGUGAGAAAAGAAGUUGAAGGGCGUUUAGGUUCGAUGUCCUUAUUAGAUUUAACGUUGCAUGGGCAGUUGUACAAAGAACGCUUUUUAACAUCGGGAAAGCAAGCGCUACAUUUCAACUACGUUAGAUAUGCCGAAAAUGACAUUCCGGAUUUUGAUGCGCAGUUAAAAUUGGAAAUGUCUUCGGUAUUUUACGUGCAUACGAAGAGAUUCAUGGUUGAAGUGCAGGCGUUUUUUUAUCAUUUUACACAACUGCAGUCGGUGAUGCAAGGCAUUCGAGCGGCGGCUACAAGUCCUAAGGUAAAUCAGAAUAAAAAGAGACUUUCCAUCAUUCUGCAAGCUGGCGCACCAGUCAUACUUUUACCGGUUUCGUCGAGGAGUUCCAAUUUGUUGAUUGCAGAUUUGGGCCGUUUGAGUCUCACGAAUACAUUUAAGUAUUCUGGAGAGUUGGGCACUCUCGGUUAUGGAAAUGCUGUCGCUUCAGACAAGAAGUGUUUACUGGAUGUAAUGUCAGUCCAAUUGCAAAAUGUUGACUUAUAUUCUGGAAUCCGUGUAGCGGAUUAUAAUGUGUUGCAAGAUCAUGAUGUUGCACAGAUGGAAAGUUUACACUUCGGAAUGUACAAGGUUUUUAAAAUGGGCUCAUCUCUCUUAACUGAAAAGUGCCAUCUCAAUGUACAGAUUGAACGUAAUCUAAGUAAUGAUUUGUAUCAUACUGUUCCCGACAUGAGUGUGCACGCGAAAUUAUCCACUUUGGAUGUUGCUUUAGAUUUAAGUCAAUAUAGACUCAUAAAAAAUUUAUUGGGUCAAAAUUUAGGUGAAAAUACUGAACAUAUACUGCCAUCAGUAUCAUCUCCAGUGGCAAAUUUAAUUCCAGAGACAAACAUUCGAGAAGUAUGGAUACUCUCAUCUCUAAAAUUCGAUCUCUUAAAUGUAAUCUUACGACUUCAAAUAAAGCACGAUACAUCACCCUUAGCCCGCAUCAACUUCAUCAAGUCACGCCUCAUCGUGGAAUCCUACAGUAACUUGAGUCAAGAUGUCGACUUGGUUUCGCAGGAGGUUGUGGUGAUAGAUACGCGAUCUCAAGGUUCUUCGCUUAAUCAGUAUUCGAAUAUUUAUACUAAUAUUUUGCAACCUCUUACUGUCAACCGGCAAAGUGAAAUAGUGCAAGCUGAAAUUCACAGUCGCAAACGGCAAGAUCACACUAAAUUCACCAUUUUGUUGAAUAAUAUGCGCCUAAUGGCCAUUUUUGAUUGGUGGGAAGCAGUGCUUUCCUACAUAUUGGAAAAUCCGAAUGAAGACGAUAAUGCCCGGCAAGAAAAACCAUUCCCGACCGAUCAUACAGAUGAUGUAGUCCCUUUCGAAUUGAAAUUAAACAUUACCGAUUGCGAAAUUGUCGUCGUUGAGGAUAGCUCGCAGUGGGAUACGAACGCAGUUAUUUUCAAGAGCACCACGGUUUUGACUUACAAACCUUUCGCAAUGGAAAAGCCGUUGUCUUGCAAUUUGAACAACUGCGAGAUGUAUUCUUGUAUACUAGGAAUGGAGGAAGAGACCGCUUUGUCCAUUAUCGAUCCCAUCACGUUGAAUAUGGAAAUCAAUAAAAAUCAAACUUUGGAAGUUCAGCUGCAAACACUAAUGGUUCGAUUAUCCUAUCAUGAUAUGAGAAUGUUUUUACAAAUUCUCAACUCGCUGCCGAAGCAAAUGUUGAAAAGUAAAAGUGACACGCCCAAAGAAACUAACAUAAUGAAACAUCAACUGUUGAAACUAGAAGCUUUAGGUUUUGCAAAUGAGGAUUGCGCUAGGGCCUUAUCUUUGUGGCCGAAACUUGAUGACGCCGCCUUGUGGUUAACCCAAAACGCAGUACCUAUCAACAACUUUCCUUCGUCUCAGGAUCACAAUGUUUCCAAAGCCACUCUGGCCAUUUCUGCAAUUGAAGUAAAAGCAGAUUGCAUAUUUUUGUGCGUUAUUGAUGACUGUGGCGACGCUGACGUACCUUUAUUAGAAGUCUCUUUAGCUCAGCUAAACAUGCGGCAACGCAUUGGGCAAUUUGAAGUUUCGGAGGAAGGUCCCGUAGAGGGAGCGUUAGAAUGUAAACUAAGUAUAGACUACUACAAUCGAUUGUUAUCAGGAUGGGAACCAUUUUUGGAACCGUGGAAGUGCGCAGUGGUUUGGGACCACAUCUUUACAACUAGCUUAGUCAAAAACCGUUUGAAACUCAACGUUGAAUCUCAAGAGGUUCUGAAUAUCAACAUCACUUCUUCAUUGAUGGACUUAUACAACCAAGUACAUGAUCGUUGGCUUCAGGAUUAUUAUAGCGAUCGAAACAGUAGUAAGGAAUCAAACGGUCAUUUGGGAUUCCGUAGUCGUUCACCUUUUGUACCGUUCGCCCUCAAAAACGAACUGGGCUCGCCUCUUUAUUUCACAACUUUAAUUUCCGAUAUGAACAAUUCAUUUCAAACAGAUGAGUGCAUGGAGGUUACCGAUAGAUGGAUUUUAGUAUCGCCUGGCGAGACCACUCCAUUCUCGUUUAAAACGCAUGAUAAAAGAAGACAUGGUGAUUCUCAUAGACUACGUAUACACCAGCUGGGUAUUAAAGUGGACGGAUGGAAGUCAUUAACUCCUGUUACUGUCGAUAAAGUCGGCACAUUCUUCCGACAUACAUCGUCAGAAGUCCAGCAUAGGACUCAUCCGAGUAUAUAUACUCGAAUAGUUUUUGAUAUAGCAUUGGAGGGCUCGGCGCGUAAAUUGGUUACAGUGCGUUCUGGUUUGCUUAUAAGGAAUAAAUUAAAAGAAAAUAUUGAAAUCAAACUUGAAAAUCCACUACGUUUCGAACAACCUCGUUCACUGUCAAUGUCGGAACGCUGCGCUACGCUUCCCAGCAAUGAAUAUUUUGCUGUUCCUUUAACGCACGUCAAUUCACAUUUGACGAUUCGCCCUUUUGAUGCGAACCAGGGGUAUAUGUAUUGUACACCGCACAUAUAUUGGGCCGAAGUACGCGAGUCAGGCGAGUGCUUGUAUAAAUUACGAGCGUGCCAAAAACCUCGAGAUCCAGCUCCGUAUCGGUUUUGUGCACAAAUUCAUAAGGAAAAGUAUCUAACCGAGAGAGCGAUCGCGACCACCAACUUUGGUGGUCAACCUGUGCACACCAUCACAGUUUUACCAAUGUUGUUACUAGUCAAUUUGUUACCAAUAGAUUUAAGUUAUUACAUGUCGACGGGAGGUGGUAGAAUUUCCGCCGGCAGCAAAGACUACAUAACACAUGUUGAUGCCGAACGCGAGAAUGAGUUAAAACUCCAUCUGGAAAACUUUCCAGUAAGCAGCGCUCUGAUAAUACCCGCCAAUUGCACGUCUAGUUUCACCUGUCGUAUUCGUUUCGAAGACAAGGCAGGCCGUAAAUUAUUUCUACAAGCCUUAGUCGUACCAUACAGUGAUGCUAGAAUUAAGAUUACUGUGUUAGCGCCAUAUUGGAUUAUUAAUAAAACUGGGCUUCCGUUAGUAUUUAGGCAAAAAGGUGUCAGCUCGGAAACUGCUGGUCAGUUCAAAGAGCACGAAAUUGCGCGCAUGGUGGCGCCUUUACUGUUUAGUUUUUCGGAUCCUGAUGCUAGUCCAAGUAUUGUUGUUCGUGUGGGCAAUGCAGUGGUGCCACACGGUUCUGCUCAGUGGUGUCAAGAUUUUGAUCUUCAAAGAGGGAUUAAGGUGCGCAAGCUUCGUGUUACCUUCAGGGACGGACAACCUGAUGUCGUGUACUCCAUUGGUAUCGAAGUGAGAAUGGGGCGUGGUAAAUAUCGUGCGACAAGUAUCGUCACGAUCUCUCCACGGUUUCAAUUGCAUAAUAAAAGUUCAUACAAUUUGUUAUUCGCACAAGCUUGUUUGGCCACAACAGUCUCUGAUCCUUCUGCCGAAAAAACUUAUUUAAAAGUUGUACCCGAUUGCUACAUACCAUACCAUUGGCCAAGAUUGGACAAAGAGCAACAUGUGUGCGUACUGAUCUGUGAUAUUCCAGACUGCUGCUGGUCAGGCGGUUUCAAAAUAGACAAAAUUGAUUCAAUGCACUUAAACGUGAGAGAUAUACACUAUCGAAUGUACUUUUUGCGGUUGGAAAUUGUCAUACAAGGAGCGACAUUCUUUGUGAUAUUCACUGACGCAGAUAAAAUGCCUCCUCCCAUUCGAGUUGAUAACUUUUCAGAGGUGCCAAUUACUUUCGGCCAGUUGUGUUCCAAGGAUGCGACGCGCAGUAUUGCGAGAGCUCACACAAGCGUACCAUAUGCAUGGGAUGAGCCAAUGGGCUCGUCCGACUUACACGUGGCGGCACCUGGUGGCGUAUCAAACACUUACAAUAUGAAUAUUCUGGGCGGCGCAAGUGGUCUAACCUACGAGAACUUUAUUUACAUCGCGUUUACUGGAACUUUUAAAAAUGGCGAAGAUAUUUUAGAUCCGUUAGACGUCGAAAGUCAGCAGCUCGUUUUAGAUGUGGUGAAUAACACGCAGAUUGUGAUUGCACGUAAACAACCUGGGCAGAGAUCUCAGCUGUGGCGUAUGACUACCACAGGGCAGUUGCAACAUGAAGGUAGCAGUCCGCCGUCUCAUCCUCAACAGAUGAGGACGGAAAACAUCUUAGUGCUCGAUAUAGAGGGACCGGCGCCACAACCGACCAACUACACCCGGUUAAUGCUGCGUCGAGUGGAUCCGCGCAGGCGCUCCACACAGACAUGGCGUUUUACAGAGGAAGGUCGACUGUGCUGCGCCCACUAUAACAUGUGCGUGCAAGCGCAAGAUGGAUUCUUUGGACUUCGUCCUGGGAGUUCGGCAGUCUUAGGACUGCCACAGCCAGUUUGCCAUCGUUUUACAAGUACAGGACUACCAUUAGAGCAAGCGGUCGCUAGACAACGCCUCAGGCCCGGCUCUGGUUUCUUAUCGGUAGAAGUUCGCACUGACGGUCCCACUAGAGUUUUAGUUAUACACGACAGAAAGGAACAGCAUUUGUACGCCACAUCCGAUGAAAAAGACUGGGGCAGCAUUGCGAUAAAGCAAAGACCUAAUUUAACUGUUAUCUCUGACGGGACUGUGGAAUCCAAGGAAAUGCAGUUCAUAUUACGACUGUUUGGUGUUGGUGUUAAUAUUAUUUCCGGUAGGCCAUAUGAAGAGUUGCUAUAUGCUCAUUUUACAAGUAUUGUCAGUGAAGUUGUGUUAACCUCAAUGUCUAGAACAUUAUGCAUUAGUGUGAAAGAUGUACAGGUCGAUAACCAAUUAUUUGAUGUGCCGGUUUCUGUCGUAUUAUAUGUAACUCCUCCUGGAACACGUAGUGUGGAUAUGGCCCAGCACAAAUUGCCUGCACUCGAAUUAACAGCCGAAGUGCAACCAACGCCAAAUGAGAACUCUGUGAUAUUUAAGCAUUUAAUGGUUCGCCUAAAGAAAUUAACAGUUAAUUUGGAGGAAAAGAUGCUAUUAAAACUGUGUGCUUUUCUAAAAACUGGGGCCAAAGGUGACGAAAUGUGGAGCAACAUUGAAAAGAGCGACUCUGAGACGCAACGAUUAUUAAUGGAAGUAUCUGCGACGCAUUCCACCAGGUACUAUUUUGGAAUAAUUCAAUUAAACUUGGAUCAAAUUCGGCUAAGUAUGACCACGGCCAACAAACUACCACCUCAAUUGCAAAUAAUUAAGCGCAAGUUGGGCUUUACGUUUAUAAAGUUUGAAGACGCCGCCGUUGAACUCGAACCUUUCAUAAAACAGCACAUUUUCGAAACUAGUCAAAUACUGUCUCGCUUCAUCAUAAAACACUUCAAAGACGAGCUGCUAUGGCAAGCGGGAAUUAUAUUGGGAUCGACCGACUUUCUCGGCAAUCCCAUUGGCUUUAUAAACGACGUGUCGGAAGGCAUGUCGGGGUUGAUCUACGAGCACUCGGUCGGAGCGCUGGUAAAGAACGUAACGCAUGGACUUUCAAAUUCUGCUGCCAAGGUGACGGAAAGUCUCUCUGACGGUUUAGGUAAAGUCGCCAUGGAUGACGAGCACGAGGAGAUACGCCAAAGAAUUAGACAGGUGGAUAGCGGACGGACGGGCGAUCACAUUGUCGCCGGAUUUAAGGGUCUCGGGCUUGGAAUACUAGGUGGCGCCACAGGAAUUUUUAAGCAAGUUUACGAAGGUGCAGCAAAUGAAGGUAUCCAAGGCGUAUUCUCGGGAUUUGGCAAAGGUAUUGUUGGUGCGGUUACUAAGCCGGUUGUCGGCGUCCUAGAUUUGGCAUCGGAAACCGCAAGAGCUGUACGGGAUUCUAGUCGAAGUUCAAAUCGUAUAGUACCUGAUAAGAUUAGACCACCACGGUGCGUUGUCGGCGCGGGGGGUUUACUUCCUUGUUAUAGUUAUAAGCAAAGUCACGGACAGCAACAUUUGUACACUGUUAACAAAAGGAACUACACAGAACAACUGGUCGCGUACGAGUCCCUGCGAAGUGGUUCCGAAGAUCUUCGAAUAAUUAUUUCGAACGAGCACGUUCGCAUUGUGACUGGCACCAAAAAUAGUUCCCCUACCACUUUUCUAGAGGUUCACAUAAGUGACGUAUUACAAUGCCAACCAGUAACGCUGACAGAGGGUUCGGAAAUAAGACACUAUAUUGACAUAACGAUGCGGGUGUCUAGUGCCACCGCUCAGUUUGCCCAUACAGAUCCAAUAAAAAGGCCAAGAAUACGGUGCGACUCGAUGGAACUUGCACAUUCUGUGUCGCAACAACUAAGUUAUGCAAAAAGACUCUAUAACGAUCGAUUGCAUACACUAAUUACAGACAAUGCCACACAAAAUGAAGACUGAAUUUUUGUUGUUAUUUGGGAGAAAUGUGUUAUGAGCAGUGUGCCUUUAUAUGCAUUUUUUGUUGCGAGUCAAGAUCAGUAGGUUUUUGUUUAAUAAAACCAUAUAUUUUAA